GCGAGCGGACGUGCGCGCAGACACAAAGUGUGACUUUCGUGUUAAGUGACAUAAGUGUUUUGUGUACAAUACAAAUAACAAAUAUUACAUUGGAAUAUUUCUAAACUGAGUGUGUGUGGAUUUUUGGAUUUGGAUUGCGUUUUGGAAUCGGUUGGCGGCGACUAGUGGAGCUGUGUCACCAUAUGUGUUCAAUACAAACUCUGCCUUCCAGCAUAUCGGUAUACGUACUGCAGGGCUACUGGUAUGGCGCGAUACAGGCGAUCGUGCUGACUGUAUGAUAGACCAGGACUCUGUUAGCUAACGGCGUGCGCAGGCGGGGGAGCAACGCGCAGCCUCUAUGCUGUGUCGGCGCAGAUUCGACAUACACCGGGACGUCGCCAGGUCGUUGCUGAAGAGGAGCGGGGUGCGGGGAGUGAGGUAACCUGGCCGCAGGAUCCACGCCUCGCCUCGAUGUGUGCUUCAGUAUAACAUCGAAUAAUGUACGAUCCGUCCAAAACGCUGCCAAACAUAAACGAAUUUAUUAGUGUAGAUACAGUAUUAGACAGUAGUGCGUGAGUGUUGUGUGUGUGUAGCGCCACCUGGCGUGCAGUAGUCAAACAACGUGGCGGGGACGCAUGCGCCGUCGGGACCGGCGCUGGCGAUGCCAUUUAUUGAAGACGAAUGGUGGUCAGCGGAGAAUGAGGGCAGAAUGGUGGACCUCUCCAAUUGCCUUCAGGACGCGGUGGUAGCGGCGGGUGGGCAAGCUGCCGCCCAGCUCCAACAGAUGGCGUCGUCUCUGGGCGAGCUGUCUCAGGCGGAGCUCACCAACAUCGUCGGAGGGCUUUCGCUAGAACAAGAGCAAGACGCCGCAGACCCUGACGACAUAUUGAAACAGCUCGGGGAAACCGCCUUCGAUAACUUCGAUACGUUCUUCACGGAUCUCACCAAUGCUACCGCGUCUAACGUUCCGCCGGUUGAGAUAAAGCAAGAAGAAAAUAACAACAUUUCGUCGCCGGCGUCCGGAAGCCAAUUACACGGCUCAUAUUACAACACAAACAACCAGAUAACACUGCCCAACAACGGCCAACAACGGUUACAACAACUGCUGCGGUCUGGGACCAACGCUAUCAACAAUGUGGUGGCUAAUAAUAUUAAUAAUGGACGAUAUAACAUCGCCAGCCAAAAUCCCUUACUCGCUGAGAAAUUAGCAGCGACAUCUAGCGGUAUAAAGCAAGAACCAAUAAGUUCAGAUUACAACGGGACGAGUAUGAACUACGGGAACGCGUCACCGAUGCAGCGGGUGCCGAGCGGGAAACCUCAGGUGCAUGAUGCUGGCGGAGGUAAAGUGGACGGCGAACCAGCGGGUCUGCCACUCGGAGCCCGUGGCCUCGGUAGGGCACUCCUUCACGGCCUCCUGGCACCCUCACCGGCAGCUCGACAUCCUCUCUACACAGCGCCCAAUACCAAUGGUUCCCUUCCCCCUUCGCCAGCGGAUAGCGGCGUGUCGGACGUGGAGUCAUCAUCAUCAGGCGCGGGCUCCGCCGAGGAGCUGAAGGCGCGGCUGCAGCCCCCGCCGCCCGCGCCCUUCCACCCCCCUUUCCUGCCCUUCUACCAGCACCACCAGAUCGCCAGCUCGCUGCAGCAUCAUGUGGCGCACCCCAGGCCACCUGUGGGCGGCGUGUCGGAGCGCGACGCGUACGGGUACGGCUACGGCGGCGGGGGCGGCGCGCACCACUUCGCCGCGCCCGCGCCGCCGCCGCUGGCGCACGACGAGCUGCCCUACUCCGUGUUCGACUUCGGCGACUACCCGCGCCACCACCACCACAACAAGCUCAAGCCCAAGAAGCGGCCGCGCACCGACCAGCCGCCCACGCCCGGCGUCAAGCGCAAGAGCCGCGAGGGCUCUACCACCUACCUCUGGGAGUUCCUGCUCAAGCUGCUGCAGGACCGCGAGUACUGCCCUCGCUACAUCAAGUGGACCAACCGCGAGAAGGGCGUGUUCAAGCUGGUCGACUCGAAGGCCGUCAGCCGCCUCUGGGGCCUGCACAAGAACAAGCCCGACAUGAACUACGAGACGAUGGGCCGCGCGCUGCGCUACUACUACCAGCGCGGCAUCCUCGCCAAGGUGGACGGCCAGCGGCUCGUCUACCAGUUCGUCGACGUGCCCAAGGACAUCGUCGAGAUCGACUGCUCGCUCGCGUAGACGCGCGCGACACGACACAUGUCGCGCCCGGACUCGGUUCGAAUCUCCAGUGGGACAGUGGAUGGGACAUUCUGUCAUACGUAACUACUUAUAGAUUCGCGUAUUCAUUUCGCUCUUACGUUACACUUUACAUAGGAAAUUCGUCUAUUUUUCAAAUCAUCAUGCAUUACGUUUUUCAGAUCGCUUCUAAUAAUGUUGUUAAGGUAAAAUAUUACUCUCAAAUCGAACUAAUGUUAACUUAUCAUGAAAUUAAUAUUUAUACAAAAUAGGAGAGACGAAAUUGAUUGCUCAAAUGUUUAUAUAGAACCUAUAUUUAGGGAAACUUCAGAAGAGGAACACUAAUUUGCUAGAUGUUAUAUGGAUAUGGAGUGAGUUUUGUAAAAUGUUGAAACGAAUUUUUAAAUGUUUGUAUUGAAGUUUCUACGUAUUGUACCGCACGCGGCGCUGCCCACCCGGCAGCGGACCGCCACUUUAUGAAUCAGAACUUCCUACCUCAAAUCUACGCAAAAAUAGAAUUCAUAUGAAAUAUACAAUUUAUAAUAUUCGAACAUACAGUUUUUACAAUAUGCAAUAAGUAUAUUAUAGUCUAAAUAAGAGUUUAUAUUAAAGAAAUAUUUACGUAAAGUUUAUAUAAUGACAAAAAUAUCGUAUAGUACUACCCUCAGAUUUAUUAUAACUUUUUUGGUGCUUUUUAUGGCCAUUCUCAUAUUUACACGUGUUACGGAACAAUCCCCACGCUGUUGACUCUAUAUAUAUUAUAAUAUAUAUAUUAUAUAUGUGGACUGCGCUCCAGCUGGUUCCUUUGUUGUCAUUGUACUCUAUUCUACUCCACUGUACGUAGUACGUACAUUACGUUCUCAUGUUUUAACAUUCAUUUCAAACCGAAUUUUCAAUUGAUAUUAUUUAGGUUGUAACACAAUCGCCUGUACUCCCUCGCGAGAACUGAAACUACUGCCAACUUCUGUUAGAGACGGAUAUAUAACUAUUAUUAAGGGAUGAUUUGUGCGUUAAUUGUGUUAAUUAUUAUUAUAAAUAGAUGUUUACUAUAAGUGAGCUGUUUUAAGUGAAAUAUUCUAGUUUAUUUCGUUUAUUUAAAUGUACGGUAGGCCUGUUGGACGGAGGUCUCGCGCGUCAUUGGGAACAUAUCAGAGUCGGCUACUACUCAUAUACUGCUCCAGCAUAUCACAUACUAACUGAAGCUUCACAAACUAUAUUCAAUUUAUUUUUCGCAAUAAUGGCGCGAGACCUCUAUUUUUUGUUACCUGAAUAAAUAUUAUUAAUAAUUACGAUUUGUGGUCCAAUGUUAAUGAAUCAUAACAUUUUAGCUAGAUAGUUGAUAACAAAAAGGUUGAUUAAGGUGUAGUUGAUACGAGUAGACGGUUUUAAUACAUACAAUGUUUUCAUUCAAUGCAAAGAGAAACAUAAUCCUUUUAUAUGUAUAUGAUAUACUAGAAAAAUCUGUAAAUGUAUGUAGUAAAGAGAUUUGUUAUAUAUGGGCGCGAGUCCUAUACCGCUGGGGACGGGGCGCGCGCGCGCUCCUGAUUGAUAUUUUUAUAUGCAAUGUGAUUGUACCAGAUAGUGGAAGGAGGUCCAUACACAGUACUGUACAGUAGUUACGUGAGGUCGCAGCGCACGCGGCCCGGACCUCAGCCCGAGGGUUAGUGAAGCCUUAAGGGAAUCGAAGCGUCGAGUAAUAUGGGUGCUAAGACGUGGGAUCGACUCUCAACAUGACAGACACACCGACCAACAUACUAUACAGGUUAACACAUCCAGUGGUUAGAUGAUUAUAUACUUUUAUAUAAGUAACAAGAUCUCAGUGUCCAAACUUCUUCGAACAAAUCCAGUGCCCGUUUCAUGUGAUUAAAAUAUAAUAAUAAUAAUAUAUAUAUUGAUAAAAAGUGGAAUUUUAAUCGUAUUUUUAUAUAGAUAGAUGGAAUUCUCGAAACGAACCUUUACUUUCGGCACUUCUUAUGCUUUUGUAAAUAUAACUAUAGGUUUUAACUUAUUUAUUUCGAUUCGUUUGAGGGCGAGGCGGUGGCGGCCCUCUGGCCUGCCCUCUGCGGCCCUGUCGCCGGCCCUCGGUCGGAGGAGGGCCCGCCACCGCCUCGCCGCGAUCUUUCCUUUCUAGAAAAUUUCGUUCUAUAGAUUACAAAUGUUAUUGUAUAAUACGUAUAUUUAAUAAAUAAUAUAGGAGAUGGAUGUUUCACGUGAUGGAAGGGAAGCUCUCAGAAGCAACUAUCGUUUGGCGACGUGAUGCUCGAUGCUCGGCUCGGCGCUCGACGCCCGAUGCUCGUGGUCGGGAGACUAGUUACCGGUGUGGGCAAAAUGUUUGAGCAAGCAUUUAAAAUGAUGCUCGGUCACUUUAAAUAAUUUUAGUCGAAUUGAUGUUGUUGAAAAUCAAAGUUUCUAAUUAAAAUAAUGUACUUAAAUUUUUCAAUGUAAAUUUUAACAGCACCUCGAGAAAAUUAUUGUUAAAAAUUAUUUUAAUUGAGCCUAGUCUAUUAUCUUAAAUUUGAUUAUAAAUUAAUUGAAUUCGGACGCCAUAUUGGUACCUAGGGGUCUAUGUCGUGACCGCCGUGUUUUGCACAUCAAGGAUAUUGUAAAUACAAAAUUUUGAAUAUUCAUACGCACACCCAUUGUUCGCGUAGUUCUUGGUGUCGCUAGAUAGGUCAAUGUGAAUACUUGCGCGAAAGCAAUGAGAAGGUUAGUGAAUUUGGUAUAGAGGGGGAAGCGACAGCGCCGCGCGUGCGCCGCCCGCGGUCGGCACCCGCCGGCGGCGGCGCGGCGCGACCCGGCGCCCGGUUGAUACAUGUUUUGUCGUUUAUCAUAAAUAUUUCAAUGUAUUCUCGUUAAUUAAUGUCCAUUAAAUAUAAUUCGUAAUUAUAUUCCGUGAACGUGCUAACAUCAUUCACUUCUCGUGUAAGCAGCGACAUCUUCUUGUUUUAAACUACCUAAAGCUUUAUUAUUUACAACUACUCGUCGCUAGAUGGCGUAUCUUGAUUUCAAUUUUCAAAUUGCUUAUUCUGAGAGUUAUGUGCGGUACAGUGAUUUUGCGUUAAACUUGCUUUUAGUUUUAUGCAAUUAAAGUCCGAUAUUUUAACUUUAAUUUUAGUUGUUAAUUUUACAAAAUACUGUAUUUUCUGCCCCCUAGUUAAGUUAUUUUUCUAUGUAUAGUUAGUUAUAAGUGUAAAUGAGUUAGCACAUAAUUUGAUGCAUGAUGAUAAUGUUAAUAAAAUAUCCACAAUAAAAUUCAAA